GCACACAUAUUGUAGAUUUGCACCAUCUAAACAGGAAUUUUAUUAAUAAAUCGCAGUCUCUGAUCAGCGUAGUUGAGAUUAAUUAUGUUUAUCAAGCUUUGAAAAUAAAUGAAAACUACUUAUAAUGAAAAUAUAUGUGUGUGUGUUUUGUGUUUAUGCAUUUGUCGAAUUAGAACUUUCUUGAUGUAGAAUAAAAACUAUCAAAUGUGAAAAAUUACAUGACGCAAACAUUUAUUGUUCACAUUACUGGCCUGACUUUUCGCUCAUUUUUGAUGAAUUUUACGGCAACUUUCUGACUAGAUUAUUUAACUCUCUUAUUUAUUCAAACUGUUCUCAGUUUUCUUUAAAUUUGCUUGUCUUCCGCUUGUUGCUUAUUUUACUUACCCCUCUUGUUGCUAAAUUGGCAAUAUUUUUUAUCCCAACAAAUAUUUAAAGAUCUUUCAAUCACAGUAAUAUUAAAGCUGUUUUGCAAAAUCUGAAAACAAUCUAUUGCUAGAAAUUGGGAAACUGCAUAAAUUUUAUUGAUAAAAUUUCGGAAUACUUCAAGAAAGUUAGCAUAAAUUCUAUCGAAGAUCCCCGGAAGACGUGCUAUAUUGCAAAUCGGAUAAUACUUGUUUGCGUGGACUAAGUUUAUAAAAGCAGAUCAGAUUUUUACUGAAGGAUGUCACAGCCCCCCUCUGAUGGUCGCAAGUCAGUCAAGUGUGUGACUGUGGGGGAUGGGGAGGUGGGGAAGACGUGUAUGUUGAUCAGCUAUACUUCCAACAAGUUCCCCAGUGACUAUGUCCCAACUGUUUUCGAUAACUUCCAGGCACUAGUGAGUGUGAACGGACAACAUGUUCACCUUGGGCUAUGGGACACUGCAGGUCAGGACGACUAUGACCGAUUGCGACCCUUGUCCUAUCCCAACACGGACAUAUUUCUCCUUUGCUUCUCACUGGUCAGAAGGGCCACUCUUGAGAAUGUGUUCGCCAAGUGGCUCCCUGAAGUCCAACACUAUUCUCCAAACACCCCAAAUCUGCUGAUCGGAACCAAAAUGGACUUGCGAGACCAGGAGGUUGAGAAAAUCACUGCAGCAGAGGGCCAAAAUGCUGCCAAGAAGGUGGGAAAGAGCUGCAAAAAGUAUAUGGAGUGCUCAGCUCUGACUCAAUCGGGACUGAAGGAGGUGUUCGACGAGGCGAUUAGAGUAGUUCUCUAUCCUGAUGUAAAAGAGAAGAAAAAGAAAAAAUCAAAAGGAUGCCUGCUUCUCUGAUCGAAAAUUAGGUGUGGCCUCUUUGUGUACAUAGAAUUUGCUCUAUCUUUAACUUUGAUACAAGUUUUGAUUAAGAAUAUUUACAUUUCUUUAACAAUUUAAACAAUUCAAUGCUUA